UAUAUACAUAUAUACAGUUAGUUGUGUUAUUCCAUAUGGAGUUGAAUCUAUCUCCCCAGAUGGCUGACACAACCAUAUUCGAAGGAGAUGGCGGCGGAUACUACAUUUGGACGGAUGCCAAGUCUCCGGCGCUGGUGGAGGCGGAGCUCGCCGCCGGAAAACUAGUUCUGCAGCCACGUGGCUUUGCUCUUCCUCACUACGCAGACUCUCACAAGAUUGGUUAUGUUGCUCAAGGUACAUGCACCGUUGGAUUGGUAUCGCCAACCAACUCCGAAGAGAAAGUCGUCAUAAUCAACAAAGGGGAGGCGAUUCCGGUAUCCGCCGGGACUAUUUCGUGGUGGUUCAACGGCGGAGAUUCCGACGUAACCCUAAUAUUCCUCGGCAAAGGCAGCCAAUCGUACAAUCCAGGACAAUUCAACUACUUCUUUCUCACGGGAGCCAUUGGUUUAAUGGGAGGUUUCUCGACCGAAUUCAUCAGCAAAAUUUACAAUUUCGACGAAUCGGACUUGCAAAAGCUGGCGAAGAGCCAAGUGAAUCCGUUCAUUAUCAAGCUUGGUCCGGAAAUAAACAUGCCCUCCGAAUCCAAUUGCACCGUUGGAGGAUACGUUUUCAAUUUCGAAAACGAAUUUUUUUCCAACGCGAAUACUAUUGAGAUGACGGCCAAUAAUUUUACGAUGCUCGAUAAAAUUGGGCUUAGUGCCGGUGUGGUGAAAAUCGAGAGCAACACUAUUAUGAGCCCUUCUUACAGCACGGACUCGGCACAAAGGAUAUUUUACGUCACGAAAGGGAGCGGUCGCGUUCAAAUCGUCGGCCUUAACGGGAGCCAGUCGUUGGAUGCGAUUUUGGAGGAAGGUCAGAUAUUUGUUGUGCCUAAGUUCUUUGCUGUAACUCAGUUAGCUGGUGAAAAUGGAUUGGAAUUCUUCAGUGUUUCCACUUCUCCAAGGCCGGUACUGGGGCAGCUAGGUGGGAUCGCAUCGGUCUGGAAAGCGUUAUCUCCACCGGUUCUACAGGCGGCACUCAGCAUUUCUCCUGAUUUCGUCAAAGAUUUCAAGUCGAAGAUUGAAUAAAAAACGUGUCUUUGUUAAUUUAAUUAUUUUUAAAAUAAUUAUGAUGAACUGUGGAUUCUAUUUCAUUACAAAGAGCAUGCAUUUGUGGAGGGUGUGUGUGUGACGUAUUUUAAUUUUAGUAUCUAUUUGCAUGUAAUAAAUUACGGAGUUAUGCAGAAAUUUUACAAAAAGAUGACUACAAUUUCAUCCUUGAAGUAAUAUUUGAUUUUAUUAA